AAAGCACCGAUUAGUGUUGUUAUCGGUUUUUGAAACGUCGCUCAGUUCGUUAGUGUCCCUCGGCCAGCCUGGAAGCAUCCGUGCGACUCCUCCCGUCCGAACGUUGCGGUGCGGUGCUCAAUUCGAUGAAAGUGAGCAUCUAUGAUACAGUGACUGGAAGAAAUUGUUCGGAAGUAGCUGUAAGAUGUCCCUGCAUCCGCUUACCUACAAGGAAUCGAACAUAUCACCGACGGCAAUCGCUGGAGGUACUGCAACAUCUGGCGGAACGAUUGCCUCAAAGAUUCCUUUCUCCAUCGAGGAUAUACUGUUUCAAAAUGGAUCCAGCAAUAAUCACAACAAUAAUAAUAACAACAACAACAGUAGCAACACAAAUUUCAAUGUGAAAUCUGCGAGUGCAUCGAAAAGCCAGAGGACUCCUCCGGCUACGGCUGUGGUGUCCGAUAGUGGCGGAAGCAACAGCAGUAUAACUUCGGUGGAUUCUUGUGGUGGUACGAGAAAAGUGCCGCAGCUUAGCAGUAAUAGCGGAAGUGCGAUUGGUGGUAGCAGCAAUAGGUUAAGUGAUAAUACCAUGACAAAUAAAAGUAGUAAUACCAGUAGUGGUCACGCUCAUGGUGUUCACGGUACCAGUGGUCUCGAGGAUGAUUACCGAAAGGUUUUACAUACGGAGAGGUACAGCAAAUUAUCGCUCAAUCAGAACGGUCACUCUGGUGGAGCCCCCACCGGUCCACCAGCCCCGCAGUUCAGCAGUCCGAACCCGAGCGUUAUCUAUCCGGGUGGUCCGUACGGCGAUUCGGGCUAUCUCCAGAUGGCGCUCGGUGCCUAUCUUGCUCCGUCGGCCAGCGGCUACAAAACGGUAGAUCCGUACUUUCUCUCCCAGGCAGGACUUUUCGCUGGUUCUCCACUGUUUCCCGGCGGGGCCUGCCCGGACAUUGCGCUUGGUCUGGGCAUGGGUAUGAGCGCGCUAAGGCACUGUCGCCGACGGAAGGCACGAACCGUUUUCAGUGACCCGCAGCUGACCGGCCUGGAAAAGCGCUUCGAGGCCCAGAGGUAUUUGUCAACACCGGAACGAGUGGAAUUGGCAUCUGCGUUGGGUCUCAGCGAGACCCAGGUGAAAACGUGGUUCCAAAAUCGGCGCAUGAAACACAAAAAGCAACUGCGGAGACGAGAGGUCAGCACCACCGAACCCGUUGAUUUUUCCCGCACCGAAUCCGGCGGCAAUGGCAGUUCGGGAAGCGCUGGCACCGGAGGAAACCCCCAGAGCACUCCAUCCGGAGCCACUGGGGGGAAUCGGCUGAAUUCCGGUGAAAAAGAACCAUUCACGAUGUACAAUUCGGGCAGCAAUACGAGCAAACAAACCGGAAAGCCCAUGAUGGUGGGUCCUCCGAUGGGUAGGAUACUGAAAGGAUUACACAGUUCGGCCAAUUCGUCGUUCAGUUUGGUUCGCCGGCCGAUGAUGGAACGGAACGGAGACAUUCUGAGUGAUGACGACGAUGAGUAUGUGAACGAUUCUGACGAUGAUUGCAGCGACGUGGAUAUAGUGGGGGACGAGAAGGGCUACAUGACGUAGACGCUGGUGUCAAUUGAAUAAUUUACUUUAGAGAAAACCAACCAUUCCAAAGCAGUACUCUAGUCACAUACCUCACACAGGGUUAGAAGAAUUAUCGCUUUCAUACCACAACACGGUCAAAUUAGUUCUCGUGAGUACCGCAGUGAGUAGAUGCGCGCUAUACAGUUGUAAGUUGUAAUUUAGUCUAGUUUGUACAAAAAUAACCCGGUUCUGUGUGAUCUAAUUUAGGGGAUAGAGAUAAUAUUUAUCGUAAAUCGAAACACACAAAGCACCUGUACAUAUACAUCGGUUUAAACAGUCUCAAAUAAACCGAAAACUAGAGCCAAUCGACACUGAUUACCCGGCAAUGCCGUAAUUAACAACCACAAAUACGGAUAAAUUGGUCAAUUCAUUAACAUCAACUAGCGCUGCGUACUCGAUAUACCCGAUCAAACGCUCUGAUGAUGACAUGCCACCAUAUCACAACCACACCGCAAAUAUCUCUCCACCGGGGAAAAUUUAUCCACCCAACCCUUGGUUCUGUUGGUCGGUUGAGGCGGAGCCAACGGCGUCGAACGUAUAUGUCUCCGCUUAUGUAUACCAUAUACAAUAUUUUCCUCCAUUCACUACCAAGUUUCCAAACACCAACACAAUAAAGUCCACAAUUCAUAGCACAUAAUACAUAAGAACACGAACGUGAUUGGGAAAACGGUGGAAAAUAUCCCAAAGAGGAUUAACGUCGCUCUCUUUCCCCUCUCUGUAUAAAAAAAAAACAAGAAUUUAGCACGUGACCGUUUACGAAGCAAUCAGUGUCGUCAAGUCAUGUUUUUCUUGUUUCCUCAACUCUUAGCUUAGACUAUUUUUAUUGGGACCGUCGUUCCUCCCUCCGAAACAUGAUGCUGCUCAUUAGGUUCAAUUAUGUUUGAUGAAGAUAUGGCUUUUUUUUUCACUUCGGCUCUCAGGAAGUUCGAACCGAAGAGUGUUUCUUUUUUAGUGUUGGUGUAAGAUCAGGGUUUGGAAGGGAAAUUAAAAGGAUUUCACAAAAUAAAACUGCUUUUCAGUUUUCAGAUGGGAGUUUGCUGUAAUGGAAGCAGAUAACUUAGACCACUCAUACUCAGUCUGCGGACCGCGGGCCGCGUGCAGCCCACCGAACCCUUCUAGUU